GCUGUGGCCCCUGCCGACGUGCGGGCUGCGGAGAGAAUAAAUAGGCGCUCUCCUGUACAUGUCCGGUCUUCCGGACAACAGCCCAACACACUACACAUUCGACACAUAUGGUCCAACACGACCGAACGGAGCAGAGGAUCCACCGAAACACCAAACGGAGGCCUCGUGUCUGCUUUCGCCCAUCCCUGCUCUUGCCCCGUUUCUCCCUUCCAUCGUGCUUCCUCCUCUCUCUCUCUCUUUUUCGCUCCCGAUUUCCAAAUCUCAAAUAAUAAAUAACCAGAAGGGAAGCGAAUCUUCUCCAUCAACCCAGCAAAUCGCUCGUUCGAGCGUCCCACUCGACGAGAAAUUCUCACCCAUCACCUCCGCGUCGCUCCCCCCGUUCGCCGCCAGGUACGAACGCACUGCCACCCCCUCUGGCCGUCGGUUGCUGCUCUGAUUAGGGUUCUUACUCCGUGCGGUCGCGGAUUAACGGGGAUAGGGGGAUGGAUUUUUAAGCUCGAUCGUCCCUCUCGCUGCCGUCUGCUGUUGUCUUAUACGGAUUAUAGUUUUGGCGCCUCAAUCGCGAGGGUAGGGUCAACGCGGGAGGGGCCCAAUUUCGUGUGGACAGGCACAGGCUGCUGUGAUCCUUUGGUGGAUGGGGGCAGCGCAGCUAGCCACCGGAGGUUGCCUAGUUUGAAAUUUAACCGCGUUACCGAAGUGGUACUCCGUAGUUCUUAUGGAUCAACUUGCCCUGCUUGCGACGGAGCUGGGUGACUCGUCAGACUUUGAGGUGGAGGGCAUCCAGAACCUCACUGAGAACGAUGUCAGUGACGAGGAGAUUGAGCCCGAGGACCUGGCGCGGCGAAUGUGGAAGGACAGAGUCAGGCUGAGGAGGAUCAAGGAGCGGCAGCACAAGCUUGCCCUGCAGCAGGCAGAGCUGCAGAAGUUGAGGCCCAAGCCCAUAUCCGACCAGGCCAUGCGCAAGAAGAUGUCAAGGGCACACGACGGGAUCCUCAAGUAUAUGCUCAAGCUCAUGCAGGUGUGCAAUGCACGCGGGUUCGUUUAUGGGAUCAUCCCGGACAAGGGGAAGCCUGUCAGUGGCGCUUCCGAUAAUAUCAGAGCUUGGUGGAAGGAGAAGGUGAAGUUUGAUAAGAACGGGCCUGCGGCGAUUGAGAAAUACGAGUCUGACAACUUAGUAUCCGCUACUGCCCAGAGUGGUGGAACUAAGAGCCAGCACAGCUUGAUGGAUCUCCAAGAUGCCACUCUUGGUUCACUGCUUUCCUCAUUGAUGCAGCAUUGUGAUCCACCGCAGCGCAAGUACCCAUUGGAGAAGGGUGCUUCACCCCCGUGGUGGCCUUCAGGGAAGGAGGAAUGGUGGACCGCCCUGGGUCUUCCAAGCGGCCAAGUUCCUCCUUACAAGAAACCACAUGAUCUUAAGAAGGUCUGGAAGGCUGGUGUGCUUACAGGUGUAAUCAAGCACAUGUCUCCCAAUUUUGAUAAGAUAAGGAAUCAUGUACGGAAAUCAAAGUGUUUGCAGGAUAAAAUGACUGCAAAAGAAAGCCUGAUUUGGCUGGGAGUUCUACAGAGAGAAGAAAGCCUUGUUCACAGAAUCGACAAUGGCGUAUCGGAGAUUACUCAGCGCAGUAUGCCAGAGGAGAGGAUUGCAGACACAAAUAGCAGCAGUAAUGAGUAUGAUGUGUAUGGUUUUGAGGAUGCUCCUGUUUCUACAUCAUCUAAAGAUGAUGAACAAGAUCUGUCUCCAGUUGCACAAUCUGCUGUGGAGCAUGUUCCGAAAAGAGGAAGGGAAAGAGCUUACAAUAAACGCCCUAAUCAAAUCGUUCCUGGUAAGGCAAAAGAACCACCAAAGAGAAAAAGAACACGCCACAGCUCCACUGUUACCGAGCCAGAUGCACACAGAGUUGUUGAUGCACCAGAAAACUCAAGAAAUUUGAUCCCUGAUAUGAAUAGAUUGGAUCAAGUAGAAAUCCCAGGCACGUCAAACCAGAUUGUCACCUUUGACCAUGGGGGCACCACAACUGAAGCUUUACAACACAGAGGAGAUGCUCAAGUACAGGUCCAUCCUCCUGGUGCUGAGGUUAAUAGCUUCUAUAGUGCUCCAACUGCAAACCCUACUCCUAUAAGCAUAUAUAUGGGUGACCAGCCUAUACCUUAUCAAAAUAAUGACAGCACAAGGCCGAGAUCUGAAAAUAGUUUUCCUGUAGAUGCUCAUACUGGUUUAAAUAAUCUUCCCAGCAGUUAUCAGAACUUACCUCCGAAACAAUCACUACCACUUCCCAUGAUGGAUCAUCAUGUGGUUCCCAUGGGUAUCAGGGCACCUACUGAUAGCAUUCCUUACGGUGAUCAUAUACUAGGUGGUGGAAAUUCAACUUCUGUUCCUGGAGAUAUGCAGCAACUCAUAGAUUUUCCUUUCUAUGCUGAACAAGAUAAGUUUGUUGGCAGUUCCUUUGAGGGGUUGCCUUUAGACUAUAUCAGUAUCAGUAGUCCAAUCCCAGAUAUUGAUGACUUGCUGCAUGAUGAUGAUUUAAUGGAAUACUUGGGAACAUAACAUUCGGUCAGGAUGAGUCUGCUAGCAUUUGUUUUCAUCCAUUUUAGUCUCACUGGAGUCAUCAUCCUAACUUAAGUAUGGAGGGCUAAACUUCUCAUUUUGUUGCCGGUCUUGUCAUUGGAGACCAACCAUCUGUUGUAUGCUGAGUGAUGACUUGUAUUCUUUGGCAAUAAUGUGUCAUACAGUGACACAAUUGCACAUGUGGAAGGUGAACAUGGCCUAAGUUAAAUAUGAUAUCUUUCUGGAGAUAAUAUCUGUUGAAGAAAGGGCUAGAUUUUUUUUUAUAGUUUUAGAAUCCUUGAGAUAUGAUUGUUUUCCUCUGUCAUCCUAUCUUUGUCUAUGGCUUUUGCCAUCUACAAAAACAUCGGGAAUCCAACACUGUAUAUGCAAUAAAGAAAUGAAAAAAAUGAUUUUGCCAUCCUCUCUGUUGUGUUUGUUUUUUAUUUCAAUGUCCCCUAAGAAUGCUGUUGUUGCAUAACAAAGUCCACUGCUACCUUCAUCUGCUGAUUGUAGUUGCAUAGCAUAACUGUUGUUCAGAUUUGUCCCAAAGUUGAGAUAAUCAUCUUUGCACAUUAAAGUUCAGAUUUGUCCCAAAGUAGCAGCAAUAAGUUAUUAUAACUAAAUUGCAAAUGACACUAGGCUACUAAUAUAUACUGUUAUCUUGUAUUAUUUUGCACUGUCAAAUCUGCAGCAUGGCUGAGAUAGCCCUGAAGAUGUGUAUGGUAGGCUGUUUUGCUGACUAACUGUUAGUACAAAUGUAGUGCCUGCGAAAAGCUGCUUGCCAUGAUGGUGGUCCUUUGAAAUUGUAUUCAUGCAAUAACACAUCCAUAAUUAAAUAAGAAUUUCGAUAUUGUGUUUCUUCCAUUAGGGAGCCAACCAUUGUACUAGAAGUCUUCAGAAUAGUGUUUGUAGAUUUAUGAUUUUCAGUACAAAAGAUAGGCAUCUUACUCUCUUAGGCUUGUGUUCUGCCUCUAGGCGCUUUCGUCUUGUAAAAUUUCUUUUGUGACAAACAUGUAGUUCAACUUUUUUUGGUCUCUCUGUCUGGCGAAUCUUUUGGGGAAAAUUUACCAUUUGGAACUCAAAAUGGGUGCUUUUAUACUUCUUAGUCCCGUAAGCUUCUGCUCUGUCUCUAGGCUCGUUUCUCUUAGUCUUUUGUGACAAACUGUAUAUAGUCCACAGUCCACACUUUUUUCUUUCUAUUUGGCUAAUCUUUGUUGAAGAUUUUGCUACUAUGCACUCAAAAUAUGUUUUCUGCUGGAUUCUCCAAUCUAGGACCCAAUCGCAAGGAAAUGAUGAUGUGUUCUGUGAAUGGUGGUUGAGAACCAGUUUGAUCAAACUGGAAACGGGGUCUCAACUCGCUGAUGACUUUAGGGGCCUGGAUGUUGUGGAAGCAUCAGAAUGGCUGUUUUUAAGGGUGCUGCACCCAGUGUCCAGCUUGUCCUUGGAUGAAUUUGGGAGUAAGAAUACCGCUAAUGCAUGACUGGAGCUAGGUGCUUGGAGCAGCUUAUGACUGCUGCCACGUAUACAUAUAAUAGGUUCAUCCGCUAGUGUGUUCCUGAACAAUUAGUGGGUGUGUGUUGUGGUUGGGCUUUUUUUUUUGUAAAUAUGUUUUCUUAAUAGAAAGAUAUGCAGAGAAAAUUAAAAGGGACCCAUACCAACUGUUUUACAUUCAAAGGAUGUGCAUGCAGACUAUCUCACACUCAGAAGCCCUAAGAAUAUUAUUAAAUGUCAGAUUCUUUUCUUAUUUCUCAA